AGGAAAUGGCCGAACAAGAAAAAUUAUUAGCCAAAAAGGAUAAGAGUGAAACCGAAGAGUUAGCGGCCCAAAGAUUUAAAAAAGUUGAACUUUUAGAUGAGCGCAUUCCUUUAAUUGCGGGACAAUUGCCAAUCACUACAAUUAGAAAAGAUGAAUUAGAAGACGAAACGGGAACUAAUUUUUUUGAUGAGAAUGGAAACAUUAACCCCAAAAUGGAACAUAUUUUUCGCGACCACUUUUUAAAUAUUAGGGAAAGUGGAACUGUGGUUCGGAAAAGUGUGAAUGCUGGCGGCCAAUGUAUAACAAUCGAAGCCAAUAAUCAAAUAUUAUUCUCUAUUAAUGAGACUAUUUCUACCCAAGUUGAAGGUAAUGAAUUUGGUUCUAAAAUGAUUAACCUUGGAGCCAGCGUAGCAGUUGGAGCCGUAGCGGGAGCGUUCACGGGUGGAGCAGGAGCAGCAGCGACAAUUGGUGCGGGCACAUUGAAAACGGCCAGUGAAGCAGCGAAAGAAAGAGCAGCAAUAUUAAUGGCUGGAGCGGGAAUGGGGGCAUUGGAAACUGGAAUAACAAGUGGAAUUCGAGAUACUGCUUCCGUAGCCAUUAACAACGAACAUUACCAUCAAAGCACUUUUUAUGAUAUACAACAUCGAUACUUUUAUGGAGGGCCUUAUCCUCUUUGGUUGAAACUUAAAUUAAAUCAAGUUUUUAACAAUCAAUAUAUUCGCAAACGGAAAAUCAAAGGCCCGACAUUUUACGAUUACUAUAACACCAAAUAUUUAGGAAAAUAUUUGAAUGCGAAAGGCGAUGAUUUUUAUGAGGAAGAAUUGAGUGAAAUCAAACUUAAACAAUCAGAAGGAAAAAGAUAUUUUGCUCCCCUAAAUAGCCCCGAAGAAGAUAUCAAAAUUAAACCAACAGACUUUAUCCCAUUAGUCGGUCCAAUAAGACAACUGAUUAAGUUGAGAGAGGAUUUAUUUGAAAAAAUUUAUGAAAUCCUUUCAUACAGCAAAGAGGAGUUGAGGGAAAACGAAAAACAACUCAAAAUAAAAAAAGUAUACGACCAAUUAACAAAAAAAGAUGAUACAGAUAAUAUAACCAACAAAGGAAAUUAUUCUUUACGAAUGUUAAUCAAGGAAGAAAGUGAAUAUUAUUUGGCAUCUUUAUCGUUUAAAUUAAAAAAAGAAGGAGCAAAACUUUUGGAAAUAGGAAAUGUAAGUAAAUUGUUGCAAGGAAACACAUUUUUACCAAUGCUUAAUAUUCAAGGAAUAAAACCAAAAGAAUUCAACCAAUCUAAUCCUAACAAACUAAAAGAAAAAUAA